GGAAUCGUCUAUCCCCGCUUGUUGCAUCAUCAGCAUUCUCAGUCAUGGCUGUCACAAGGUAUAAAGACCCCCUCGAGCUCUGGUCAAGUUGGUCUUCAUCAGAUCAGAAUCAAUCAAGCCAUCAACGAGAACAACAACUAAGUCUCUAAUCCUCUACAUACCACGCACUCUUCUACAAACUCUUCUCUACAUCUACCACCAACCACCACAAUCAACAUGUCUCUCUUCCGCAGCAUCCCUUCCGCUGGUGAAUUCGGCCCGCUCUUCCGUCUUCUGGACGACUAUGACCUCCACCGUUCCGGCCAGAGCGCCAGCUCCUCCACCACCGCCCGCUCCUUCGCGCCUCGCUUUGACGUCCGCGAGACCGCGGAGGGCUACCACCUCGACGGCGAGCUGCCUGGCAUCGCCCAGAAGGACGUCGACAUUGAGUUCUCCGACCCUCAGACCCUCGUGAUCAAGGGCCGCACCGAGCGCGAAUACCACAACUUCGACGAGCACGAGGAAGGCCAGCAGGAGACCGCCACCCAGGAGAACAAGGAGAAGGAGAAGGCCACCGAAAGCACGGAGGUCUCCAAGACCGGCGACAAGCAGGUCAGCAAGAACCACAAGAACAAGCCGCACUUCUGGGUCAGCGAGCGCUCCGUCGGCGAAUUCCACCGCACCUUCAGCUUCCCCACCCGCGUCGACCAGGACAGCGUCAAGGCCAGCCUGAAGAACGGCAUCCUCUCCAUCUUCGUGCCCAAGGCCGCCAAGCCCACCUCCAAGAAGAUCACCAUCGAGUGAAUCGGUGCACCAGAUGAGCGGAGGCGAGGCGAGGCGCGACGCGACGCGACGCGACGAGAAUUUGUGAUCGGUUGAAGUUCUAGCAUAGCGAUUGAAUUUGUUGACUUUGUGCUUGUUCUGUGUUGUUUCUUUUCCUUCUUGAGCUGGUUGAUUGAGAAGAUGAUCGCACUUUCAUUCCUUCGGAAGUAUUCUGUUGAGCACUGGAUGUCAUUCCUUACAGUAAUGUUUGCUAAUAGUUAAUUGAUUCUGUUACCUAUUA